AUGAGCGAGAAUACAAUCAUUGACGACAUUAAAAUCAACGAUAACAACAAUGACAAUAACAACUUAAUUGACAACACAACUACUACUACAAAUACAACUUCUACUGCAACUACAAGUACGUCCAGUCUACAAAGAUGUGAUACACAUAAUAAGAAACAAAGGUUCAUAUGCUUUGAUUGUAAUCAAAUCAUUUGUGCUCUGUGUCUGGCGGCACAGCAUACAAGACACGACUUUGACCAAGUCGAGAACAUUAAACUACAGUGUGACAACUCUGGUAUCAAGUACCAGCGAUUCACUUCACGCUUGAACUCGCUAUGGGACACAUUACAAAAGUUGGCAUGGUCCUACGAGACGAUGCAGACCUCUCAAAAGAUGGUGGCCGAUCAGUUCACUGAGCUGCAUCACUUCCUCGUCGUGGAGGAGCAGAGGAUAAAGAAGCCGUUAAUCCUAGAGCUCGAACAAACAACAUCCACAAUCAAAUGUAUCAUUGAUGAGAUUGAGCGGCUGACAUCUCAGACGCAGACCGAGCCCAACCCACCAGACAACGCGGCUGAUGACGAAAUGGACUCCAUCGAUCGCUUGGUCGAGUCAAUCAACUCAUCCGAGUCAAUGGAGCAGUUCUUAAACAACUCAUUCCUGCCUGGUGAUGAAGCUGCAUUCAUGCGUUGCACGGAUAAUCAGCUGUUGGCAUUCGUCCAGCGUGGCUCCCGCUCCCUGUCGACCGUUUACAAGGUCACUAACCCAUAUCGCGUUGACACAAUGACCUUCAAGUUGAAUGACGUCAAGGAGCACAUUCGACUGUGCUUCGAACUAGUCGAGGCCAAGAAACGAGAUCCCGCUCGCUCGCCCACGCACAGCUUCAACAAUCACAUCUUCACCUCGCUCAAGGACUCUUGCGCAAUGCUUUCAUUGGACACUGGCAAGUGGAUUAAGCUCAACGAUGCGUUUACAAACAGACGACGCAUCUAUGAGUCGGCCGUGUACGCUCGCGGCUGCGUGUACAUAUUUGGCGGCGAUGGCGCCCCAACAACCUACUCUCGCUACUCACUCACCGAGCAGCAAUGGCUCAACGACAUUGAGAUCGUUGGUGUGCCAGGUGGACGCAGCAUAUCCUCUUGUUACGAUGGCGGCAACUUGAUCUACCUGGUUGGUGGCUGCUUCAACGAAAAGAUGCUAGACCGCAUCGAUUGCUUCAACCUAGACACACUUCAGUUCUCGCGAGUCGGUCGCAUGCCCCUGUCCCUGGCCAACCCUCAUACACUCAUUCAUGACACCAAACUGUACAUUGUUGGUGGCUACCAAGACGUGUCGCAUCCCAACAAGAACAUCUACAUGUGCAGCCUGCAGACCAAGGUCUGUACGGUGUUCAUGGAGAGCGCCGUUAACGGCUGGCUCUUUGCAUGCUGCUUUGAUGGCAAGGAUCAACUGACGAUGACCGUAGGCUUGGCCACCAUCAGACUGUCACUGACCACAAAGCUAUCCAGAACUAUCGCGUCAUCCCCCAUCACCAACAACUACUACCAUCUUGUCUACACCACAUCGAAUGACAUCAUCCAACUUGGCGGCACGGGCAACAACUACCGAUACUCAAAGCUCAACGAUCAAUGGAUCCCCAUCAAUGACGAUGAUCCAGUGCCCACAAGAAUGGCCUACAGCACAUGUCUAAUACGUGAUGAUUGA